AUGAAGACCGCCGCGCCUCUCGUGGCUCUCGCCGCCGCCUCGACGGCCGCCGCCCAGAACACCACCGUCAGCUGCUCCAAGGGCGUCCACCUGCUCGUGUCGCGCGGCUCCGCCGAGGACCCCGGCCCAGGCCGUCUCGGCCCCCUCGCCGACGACAUUGUCGCCGCCAUCCCCGACUCGGCCAUCGAGUCCAUCGUCUACCCGGCCACCUUUGACGACUACGGCCUCUCCGUGGCCGACGGCGCCGAGGCCCUGACCGCCGCCCUCGACCGCUACUCCGACGCCUGCCCCAACGGCAAGGUCGUCCUGCUCGGCUACUCCCAGGGCGCCCACGUCACCCUCGACGCCCUCUGCGGCCGCGAGGAGAGCACCGGUGCCUUUGCCUUCAACGAGACGACCCCCAUUCCCGAGAGCAUCGUCGACAAGAGCGUCAUCGCCGUCAUUCUCUACGGCGACCCAACCCACAUGGCCAACGCCACCUGGAACAAGGGCAACAGCACCCGCGACGGCCUCUUCGGCCGCGACGACACGGCCGCCUGCGAGCCCUACGCCCCCAAGAUUGCCUCGUGGUGCGACACGGGCGACGUCUACUGCGACCGCGGCAACAACACGGAGAUCCACGGCGGCUACUUUGCCAUCUACGACGACGACGCCCUCGACUUUGUCGUCGACCGCUGGAACGCCACCCUCGAGGAGGAGGCCGAGGCCGCCGCCAGCGGCACCUCGGGCGCCCCCGCGCAGCCCUCCGAGACGGGCGCCGCCGGUGGCAACAACAACGAGUCGGCGGCCGUCGGCGUGCGCGCGGGCUGGGGCGCGCUGGCUGUCGCGGCCAUGGUCGGAUACCUCGCGCUGUGA